AUGGGCAGCUCCGGCGACAGCCUCCGGCGGAAACUCGUCAUCGUCGGCGACGGUGCCUGCGGCAAGACCUGCCUGCUCAUUGUCUUCAGCCGCGGCACGUUCCCCGAGGUCUACGUCCCCACCGUCUUUGAGAACUACGUUGCCGACGUCGAGGUCGACGGCAAGCACGUCGAGCUGGCGCUCUGGGACACGGCCGGCCAGGAGGACUACGACCGGCUGCGCCCGCUCUCGUACCCGGACUCGCACGUGAUUCUGAUCUGCUUUGCCGUCGACUCGCCCGACUCGCUCGACAACGUGCAGGAGAAGUGGAUCUCCGAGGUGCUGCACUUCUGCCAAAACCUGCCCAUCAUCCUCGUCGGCUGCAAGAAGGACCUGCGCCGCGACCCCAAGAUCAUCGACGAGCUGCGCAAGACGAGCCAGCGGCCCGUCAGCCCGGAGGAGGGCAUGGCCGUUGCUCAGAAGAUCGGCGCCGCGCGCUACCUCGAGUGCAGUGCCAAGACGGGCGAGGGUGUGCGGGAGGUCUUCGAGCACGCCACGCGCGCCGCGCUGCUCUCCAAGCGCGGCGGCACCAAGAAGAGCAAGUGCGCCAUCCUCUAA